AUGUUACUCAGAGUGGUGUUCGUAGUGGUAGCGGUAUGCGCAUGCGCAUUUGGUUACAGUGAUCAUGAAAAACGCAAAUUUUCGCACGAAUAUGGACAUAAAGGAACCUCUUCAUCUCCCCCCACUUCUACCACAGAGGCAACCCCAUCUGAUGAUGGACCAGUAACACAGAGUGUGUCAGGCACAUUCAGAGGCUCCUGGAUGGAGACUCGCCGCAACAGGCGUUUCCAGGCUUAUAGAGGUAUACGCUAUGCCGAACCGCCGAUAGGAGAGUUGAGAUUCCAGCCUCCGAAACCAAUACUUACGUAUAAAGAUGCCGUAGACGCCAGCGAGGAGGGCCCCGCCUGUCCCCUGCCGGUACCACCUACCUACUACGUCGAUGAGGACUGUCUAACCGUCAAUGUAUAUACACCAGCCACCCCAAAGAACAAUAGCUCCGAACUACUCCCGGUGAUCUUCUACAUUCACCCAGGAGGUUUCUACGCGAUGACAGGACGCAGUGACAUCGAAGGUCCGGAGUACCUGUUAGACAGAGACUUAGUACUCGUCACCAUCAACUACAGGAUUGGAUCCUUAGGAUGGAUGAGCACAGGUGACAAGUAUGCCCCAGGCAAUAACGGUAUGAAGGAUCAAGUAGCUGCUCUUAAGUGGGUCCAGCGCAAUAUUGCCGCAUUCGGUGGUGAUCCAAACAUGGUGACCAUUGCGGGAUGCAGUGCUGGUUCUAUUAGCGUACUACUGCAUAUGAUCUCGCCCAUGUCUAAAGGAUUAUUCCACCGAGGAAUUUCAAUGAGUGGAUCCCCUAACAAGGGCCGCCUGGUAACGCAUCAGCGGCAUCUGGCGGUGAAACAAGCGGAAUUCAUGAAUUGUCCCACGAACUCCUCGGAGGCUAUAGUGGAAUGCCUCAUGAAGACACCUUGGCGGGAGCUCGGGGAUUCUCUGAGCAAAUUCUUUGAGUUUGGCCCGGGUGAUCCAGUUGGUUUGUGGGGUCCAGUUGUGGAGCCAGACUUUGGGCAGGAGCGGUUUCUGUCUGUUCAGCCCGAGGACGCCAUUAAGCAGGGCAUGAUGCAUGAGGUACCUUACAUCAUUAGCCAAACUACGGAUGAGUUCUUCUGGAAAGCAUUCCCGGUGUUCCAAAACGAAACUCUUAUGAAUACAAUGAACAACGAAUGGGAGCGCAUAGCACCUAUCUCUUUCUUACUGCCGAAGGAGAACUCUGAGACGGCGGUGAGAAGGUUACGGGAGAGUUACUUCAACAAUAAGAAACUGGAGAAUAACACCGAAAGUCUAGAAGGGCUUCAGAACUUGUACAGAGACUCUAUCAUCGGUUUUGGAGUACACAGGUUGGCAAAUCUGAUGUGUCGCCAUUCGAAGCAGCCGGUGUACUACCUCGAGUUUGCGUACAUCGGGCAAGAUAGCUACUACGAGGACGCUGAUGGAAAACCUCAAGGUGCUUCUCAUCACGACGACACUCUGUAUGUGUUCAGGCAGAGCUACAAUUUCCCAGUCAUUGAGACGAACAGCCCAGACUCGCAUGUUGUAGAUGAGAUGACAGCUAUCUGGUACAAUUUUGCGCGAUACGGAGACCCGAACCCCAAAAGCGAUACUCCAGAACUAGGCUCCUUAAAAUGGCCGACUAUGAAACCAGACCAGAGAAACUUCCUGCACCUAGGAAACCAGCUCACUGUAAGACAAAACAUGUUUGAAGAUCGGUUCAGAGUUUGGGAAGAACUUUAUCCUAUACAGUAUUAG